GUGCUUUUAUUACUGAAUUCGUUAAGCUUCAUUCUACAUAAAAUUCGCUCUCUACUAUUGUUCUGUUAGUCAAUAAGCUGAUUGUUAUGUAUCAUAAGCUUAAAUUAAUACAUGGUUUGCGCUUUAAUACAAUAAAACCUAUCCUCUUUUAGCAUUAGCAAGGGAAUAAUAAUGCCGCUGAUAUUGAUAAUACAUUCUCUACAUACGUAUCCAUGCCUCUUUGUUUUAUUUACUUUACUCUACAUUCCUCCUAUCUCUACUGUAAUCUCUUUUAAGCUAAUGGUUAUCUCCACAGAAAAGUGUUCAUGACCCAAACUCCUUUGUCGGAGUUCGAUACACCACGUCCACACUUAUCUAUUCAUCAUGCAUGGAUUUAAAGGAGCUAUGAAAACGUUUGUCCCCUAUCUUGUUAUUGUUAUCGCUUUUGCAUUUUUUUUGGAGCCUACCCCGGUAUCUCACAACCAUAACAAUUGCAAAAAAAAUGUGGUAGUGAAAAAUUUUCACAUCUCGUAUUCCUUUCAAAUCACCACUUUUACUUUCAAACCCUCCAAUCCGAAUCUUCCAUUUCUUAUCUCUACCUUUCGUAUCUGUAACAAUGUGCUCAUGCACUUGACAUUCAACCUCCUUUUAUUUUGUUUCCUUUUUUACUACUUGAUUAUGUACAUAUCUUACUUUACUUCAUCACCUUUUCCCCCGCCAAUUUGGUUACUCCGCUAUUCUUACUGUAAAAAGUUUUUUUUGUGCGAGAUUUCGCUCCAUUAGCGUCUAUUGUUCCAGGAAAAAUUUUUCACACAAAAUGCGCUCUGACAACCUUUUACGAGUAAUUUAUUUUCCUCUCGGCUUGCAUUGUUAAGAGACAACGCCGGUUUUGUCUUCCCCCCACUUAAAACUAUUAUUUAAUAUGUAUGUGUGUUUGUACCUCCGUCAACGGCGUAAAGAACACUUCUAUUACACUAGUCUUUAUUGAUGGUUUUUCUAGAACACCACAUAACCUUAUUUUUUUUUCAUCAAGGAACAAUUAAAUCAAUACUCAUUAAUCGUUGUAAUGGAAACAUUAACCGAAUUACUGUUUCCAAUUGAACCUAUUCUAGAAAUCUACGUGGUAUAAUCGGAUAAAUAUAAUUAACCCCAUUAUUUUUUAAAAUU